AUGAUCUCGCAGUUCCCCCAAAUCUACAACGUCUACGCCAUUUGCGGCUUUGCUGCUCUUGGCGGUAUUCUGUUCGGUUUCGAUAUCUCCUCCAUGUCUGGCGCCAUCGGUACACCGGCUUACAAGAAGUACUUCAAAAACCCAGCCGGCACUCGCCAAGGUGGAAUCACUGCCAGUAUGCCAGCAGGUUCGCUCGUGGGAGCACUUUCUUCUUCUUUCCUUGCCGACCGUCUGUCGCGUCGAAACGCCAUCCAGAUCGCCGCUCUUGUUUGGGUCGUGGGAGCAAUCCUACAGGCGGCUUCCAACGGUGUCGCUCUUCUCUGUGUCGGCCGAGUCAUUGGUGGCUACGCCAUCGGUAUUUGCUCAGCGAUUGUUCCAGUGUAUCAGGCCGAGAUUGCUCCCAAGGAAAUCCGCGGACGUGUAGUUUCACUUCAACAGUGGGCCAUCACAUGGGGUAUUCUCAUUCAGUACUUCAUCCAGUACGGUUGCUCCUUUAUCGACGGAGGUGUCAAGAACCCAAACCAAGGUACUGCCGCUUUCAGGAUCCCUUGGGGCGUUCAGGCUAUCCCAGGUCUUCUCCUCUUUCUCGGCUUCUUCUUCUUCCCUCGAUCCCCACGCUGGCUAGCCUCUAAGGACCGUUGGGAUGAGGCUCUCCGAACCCUUGCGAAUCUCCAUGGUCAUGGUGAUAUGAAUCAUCCAAAGGUGCUUGCCGAAUACAAGGAGAUUGAGGAGGCACUUCGCUUCGAGCGUGAGGUGGCUGAGACGAGCUUCGCCGCACUUACCAAACCACGCAUCCUCAAACGUGUUAUUCUUGGAGUAUCCAUACAGGCGUGGAGUCAACUAUCUGGAAUGAAUAUAAUGAUGUACUAUAUCGUGUUCAUCAUGCGCGGGGCUGGCAUCGCCGACGAGCUCCUCACCGCUUCGAUCCAGUACAUUAUCAACGUAGCUAUGACCCUACCAGCUAUCAUGUACCUGGACAAAUUUGGACGACGCCCAGCUCUACUUUGCGGAUCCUUUUUGAUGGCUGUCUGGCUAUUCACUACCGGUGCUCUCCAGGCAUCAUACGGGAACCCAAAUCCGGAUAAGACCGAUAAGGAUAUCUCCUGGGUUGUUCCUCGUGAGCAUAGCGCAGUUUCCAAGGCAAUUGUGGCUUGCUCAUACCUUUUUGUUGCAACCUUUGCGACAACUUGGGGCCCGGUUUCCUGGACUUAUCCAAGCGAGCUAUUCCCCAGUAAGGUCCGCGCGAAGGCUGUGUCUCUGGCAACUGCGAGCAAUUGGGCCUGGAACUGCAUUCUCGCAUUUGCGGUCCCCCCUCUUCUGUGGUCCAUCAACUGGAAGAUGUAUAUGAUCUUCGGCACUUUCAAUGCUGUGGCGUUCAUUCAUAUGUUUCUAACCGCGCCCGAGACCAAGGGCAAGACCCUCGAAGAGAUGGACGACGUCUUUGAUUCUGGUCUGCCUGCUUGGAAGGCGGGCAAUAUCGAGUCUCGUCUUGACCGGGUUCAGCGCGAUAUCGAGGCCGGCAACCUCAAGGUCUCUGGCUAUGGCCAUGCCGAGAGGGUCAAUGUCGAACCCAAGGUCUAA